AUGAUGAAAGAUUGCAUUAACUAUUCCAAGGGGUGUGAAUCUUGUCAAAGACACGGCCCAGUCCAGCAGGCUCCAUCAGUUCCCAUGAAUCCAGUGGUAAAACCAUGGCCCUUUAGAGGAUGGGCAAUGGAUCUUAUUGGCAAGAUCUAUCCAGCCAGCAGCCAGCAGCACUGCUUUAUCAUUGUUGCCACAGACUACUUCACCAAGUGGGUGGAGGCCAAGGCUGUUAAAUCCACUACAUCUCAAGAGAUCAUCAUUUUCAUAGAAGAACAGAUUAUCCAAAGAUUUGGCAUCCCAGAAUCAAUCACAACUGAUAGAGGGUCAUCUUUCAUAUCUAGAGAAAUGCUGGACAUGGCAGAGGCAUUCAAAUUCAGACUGCUCCAAUCCACUCCUUAUUAUGCCCAAGCCAAUGGACAGGCGGAAUCAAGCAACAAAGUAAUCAUCAACAUUAUCAGGAAAAUGCUUGAAAAGAAUCCAAAACAAUGGCAUGAGAAGCUGUCAGAAACUCUGUGGGCAUAUAGAACUUCAAAGAGAGAAGCGACUGGCAUGACUCCCUACGCGUUAACCUACGGUCAUGAUGCAAUUCUGCCUAUGGAGAUAGCUGUUCAGUCCCUCAGAAUUGCUCACCAACAUGACUUAGUAGGAGAAGACUACUCCCAGGCCAUGCUGCUGGAACUGGAAGGAUUGGAUGCAGCCAGAAUUGACACUCUCAACAAACUCCUGGCAGGAAAACAGGCUGUAUCAAGGGCCUACAACAAAAGAGUCAGGAACAAGAGUUUUGAAGAAGGGGAGAUAGUCUGGAAAGCAGUUCUGCCCCUUGGAACACAUGUGGCUGGUUAUGGAAAAUGGUCACCUACAUGGGAAGGUCCCUUUCAUAAUCAGCCAGAUCCUUGGAAUGGGGGCAUACAGGUUGCAGGAUAG